CUUGACGGCAGUGUCGUAAAUAGUAGUCCGCAAACAGCGAGCUCUGUGCGGUAAGCCGUCAGGGAGCUUCGGGAAGGUUAAAGUGGGCCGAACGGCGCGGCGACGACUCGCGUUUUAAAUAUUCAUCCACUCCUGUACCAACUAUGCCGUUCGUUGACCUUCAGUCAAAGCUGGGCAUCAACUUGGACGGCUGGAUCCUGACCCAGAGUGGGGAGCAGCCCCAUAGACGAGCCACACGCUGCCAUGCCUUUGAGAAGGACUGGAUAGAAUGCUCACAUGGCAUUGGCCAAACUCGAGCUAAACGGGAAUGCAAACUUGAGUUUGAAGAUUUCUAUGAAUGCAUGCACCGUGAGAAGACGUUCCAGCGUUUGCAUGAGAUUCAGAAGCAGAGGGACAAGUUGAUCAAAGAAAAGUCCUACACAGCUCCUGCACAUCACACUGGCAAUGAAGAACCUCGGCCGUGAGCCCUGGCACGGGAGCACAGCCUGAGAUCUGUCCUCUGCUAGCCACACUGUUACAUAGUCAGUGUGCUUACUGUAUUAUAAUUAUUAUUGUUUAUCUGUUUCAUUUGGAGUUAAAUAAAGAGUAUUGAUCAUUA